GUGGCUGCACCGGGGUCCCCACGCUUCCGCUUCCGGCGGUGUGGGUGGCGGCGCGUAGCUCGGCGAUGGCGGCGGGUGGCAGCGAUGCGCUGGCUGGCGACGUCGAGGAGGACGCCUCCCAGCUCAUCUUUCCAAAAGAGUUUGAAACAGCUGAGACUCUUCUAAAUUCAGAAGUUCAUAUGCUUCUGGAGCAUCGAAAGCAACAGAAUGAGAGUGCUGAGGAUGAACAGGAACUUUCUGAAGUCUUCAUGAAAACUUUAAACUACACAGCCCGUUUCAGUCGUUUCAAAAACAGAGAAACCAUCGCCAGUGUCCGCAGCUUGUUGCUUCAGAAGAAGCUUCAUAAGUUUGAGUUGGCCUGUUUGGCCAACCUUUGUCCAGAGACUGCCGAGGAGUCCAAGGCUCUAAUCCCAAGCCUGGAGGGACGGUUUGAGGAUGAGGAGCUACAGCAGAUUCUUGAUGAUAUCCAGACCAAGCGCAGCUUUCAGUAUUAGUCUCCAGACAUCAGUCUGCUGCCGAGGGAACCACAUCCCCAGCACAGCGCCACUGUCGCCCAGGAUCGGGGCUGACCCGCUCAGAAAUUCUACCGUCACUGAAGACACUGGGGCUUCUGAAGCCACACCGCUGACUACCUCAUUCCAUGGUUUUGGGCCCGUGUUAUUUUUGGUUCCUAAUAUUUCAUGUUUUAAUUUCAGUGUGUUUAUAGUUUUUAAAACUAACUAGACCAUGUAAAACUGGUAUGGGAAACCAGUCUUAUUUAAAUGCAAAAGGAAGACUUAAGCCAGACCUGUAUGAUUGUUUGAAAUUCUUUGAAAAGGGCUGAUAGUGUUAAUAACCGUGGGAGACCCUGGGUGUCAUUUGCUUAGCCCAGGAGAUGGAAGCAGCUCACCAAGGAGAGCAGUCACAGCUGAGGGUAACUGCCACGCACUGGGGGGCCCAUGGGCUUCAUGUACACAGCGAGUUUGCCUGUUUUCUUGGACUUUCACAGAAUGUAGGUUUGGAGUAGGUGACCCUAAGAUAUUCUGUUACUAUCAAGUUAAGAUUUUUUCCUUCAAGGCCGAAGUGAAGGAGUGAACGCACCAAAGUCUCCCUGUAUGUGGCAUCCUGUCCCAACCUCUGCCUUGCUGCUUGGCAACAGGUGUUCUGCGGUGGGGGUGAUUUGGUAGGAGGGAGCCUGCCCCUUCCCGAGUCUCUGCAGUGAAGUCACUCGAGCUGAGGCGAAUUCGGGGAAACAUUAAUCACUAAACAUUCUAGCUUUGUUUUUAUCUGAAGGGAAGUAUGUCUGUUUUCUUUACAAUUUGGGAAUUUUUCUUUGGAAUACUUGUUGGCUGCAAAUGAAUUCAUGAUCCACAGAAAGAGUUGAGGGAAGAACAAAGCUGGCUUUAAAAAUCAAAAUAGUUUUAUGUCAGCUGCUGGCUAAGGCAAAAAUAAAAUAUUCUUAUUUUUACAAAUUCUGUCAAUUUCUGAAAUGACAUGGUUUCUAAGUGACCAGUAUUCUUACUGAUCAAUAUUUGAAAGAAAUGGCAAUUAUUUCCUUUAAAAAAUUGAAGGAAAUAAUCUUUCCACCCUUGGGCAACUUCACUUCUUUGAGACUCAUCAGUGUUCUCAGUUGUGAAAUGUGGAUAAUGAUAGUAUAUUCCAUAGAUAUUUUGAGAAGGUACAGCCCACUGGUGUCUGACAUACAUUAUGUCCCAAAAAUGUUAGCUGUUAUUAUGCUCAGUAGAUGAGCAAGUAUACAUAGGUGAUAAUCAACUUGCUUCACAGAAAUUAGUACAAGAACUUGGUAGCAUAUCGACUGGUACUGGUACGAGACUAUGAAAACAAACCAAAUCGCUUCCUCCUUAAGUGUGCAAAUUAUCGUUUAAGAGAGGCAGGUCCAUGUGCGUGUGGCACCAAGUGGUAGGUAGCAAGAACAGACCUGGACGACUGACCUCAGUUACAGCCCCAGUGCAUAUGGUGCCUGGUGAGAACAGUGCAGGGCCACCAUCUUCACAACCCCGGAUGCCAGGAGUCCGUGAGCUGAAUGAGAGUCCAAAAGUGUGUAAAGUGGCCUGGAUAUAUAUAGUUAGGCACUAGCAAGUGGUAGUACGAUGAUGAGGAGCAGGUUCUGUAAAAAUAACUUCUACUGGGGAAGUACUUGUAAAAACAACCUCACGCUAUGUUCUAGACUCAGCCUAGAGAACACAUUCUGCUGGACAUUGUUCUCUACAGUCCUGGACAACAGCUCUCUGUUUAGUCAUCAGGAGACUCUGCAAACCCUUUAAUCAUCUCUGAAAUAUUUGUUUAGGCUUACUGUGCUAUUUGGCAAAAGCAGAAUUGGGGGACACAUUGAAGCAAAAUAAGAAGAUACCAUGUUAGUCCUGGAAGUACACACUGUUCCCCAAUAAAAUCCUGUUCCCCUUCCCCAAUAAAAAAAAAAAA